AUGAAGAAUAUUGAAGUUCUCUCCAGGGAGACAAUCAAACCAUCAUCUCCAACACCCCAACACCUCAGAAACCAUAGACUUUCUUUAUUAGACCAACUUUCAAUCCAAAUUUAUGUCCCCAUCAUACUCUUCUAUGAAGACUAUGAUGAUCUCAAGAAGCCUCUAGGAGAAUGCUUGAGUCGCUAUUACCCGUUGGCCAGCACAAUUCGGGAAGAUUUCUCAGUUGAUUGCAACGAUGAGGGGGUGGAGUAUGCUGAAGCCCGGGUGGACUGCAAGCUCUGUGAAGCUAUGAAGAAACUGACUUCCGAGUUGUUGAACCAGUUGCUACCAUUUGAUCCAUAUGGUACUAAUGUGACUGGACGUAGCGAAUUAGCACCUGUAGGUGUUAAAUUCAAUAUAUUUGAAUGUGGAGGAGUGGCAAUCAGCGUGUGUGUUUCACACCGGAUCGCGGAUGGAACUUCUUUGGUUACAUUUGUAAACGCUUGGGCAGCUAUGUUCAGAGCCAGCACUAGUACUAGUACUAGUGAAGCUGAUGAUCAGAAACAACAAUAUCCCAUUUUCGACGCAGCAUUGCUAUUCCCACCCAAAGAUAUGCCAGGAUUCAAGCUCCAGACAGCUGAUCAGACAUUGACGUCAGGGAAUGAGAAAAUCGUGACCAAAAGGUUUGUGUUCGACAAAUUUAACAUCAUUGCCCUCAAACAACAUGCAACAUCAUCAUCACAAUCUUGUGUUGGUGUGUGUUGUGAGGAGGUACAAAAGUACCGUACCCCCCAACCCGCGUUCAGGUGGUUUCAGCACUACUUUGGAAAACUUUCAUGA